AUGACUGAUGACGUACAGGCAGAGCCAACCGGUAAAACAAAGCAUCCCAGCGCCACCCCUACAGCGCUGGCGGGUGUACGCAUCAUCGAACUCGGCAGCGGUCCCACCACAGGUCUUGCGGGCAUGAUUCUGGCGGACUUUGGUGCUGAGGUGGUGCGCAUCACUCCACCACAAACACCAGAAAUAGAAAAAUUGCCCGGCGCCAACAUGUGGCAUCGUGGCAAACACACAUUGCUACUCGACCUGAACACAACAGAAGAUCAUCUGCAGCUGCAGCAACUUCUGGCAAGCGCUGAUGUACUGGUCUGCAACUGGCGUCCCGUCAGCCUGCGCGCCAGAAAACUGCAUCCAGAGCAGCUCAACAAGCAAUACCCGCAUCUGCAUUUCUGUCACAUCACCGGCUUUGGCGGCGAUGGACCUAUGGCUGAUUGCCCAGGCUACGAGCACGCGGUCGCCGCUUACUGCGGCAGAAUGCAGAUGUUCACCGGUAUCGUCGACAGACCGGGGCCGGUAUUCUCUGCUUUGCAGGUAGGUAUCCAUGCGUGUGUUCAGGCUGCUGUCAGCGGCAUCCUCGCAGCCCUUUAUGCCAGCCGGGAAUCUCACCGGGGCCAACUCAUUGAAACCAGCCUGCUGCAGGGAAUGCUGGCCUACGAACAAGGCCCCAUGCUCGGCGGGCAAUUCCGCGAGCGAUUCCCGGAUUUACUGCCGGCGCUUGCAGCCCCUACCGAAGAUGUGCCAAUGCCCAGCCUUUUUUAUCAUCCGGCCCAGGCCGCCGAUGGUCGCUGGAUGCAGUUCGGCAACCUGUUACCGCACCUGUUUGAUAACUUCCUGAUCGCAACUGAUCUGAUAGACAUUAUCGCUGACCCUGAUUUCAAUCCCAAGCAGCUGCUACUCACAGACAAGGACAAACACGAAGCUUUUCGUAACCGCAUGCUGGCCCGGAUCGCCGAGCGCACAUCUAAAGACUGGAUGGCCGACCUGAUCAAAGAUGGCGGCGUGGUGGCAGGCAUCUAUCAGACAACCCAGGAGGCGCUCAGCGAUCCUGACAUUGUGGCAAACGGACACGUGAUCGAAACAGCACAAGGCCAUAGACAGUUAGGACCUCUGGCACGCCUGACCGAGACACCUGCCCAGCCCGGCGGCAAUAGCAGCACAACAUCUGCCGAGACACUUGUAUCGCACUGGAUCAAUUCGCCUCGCCCCGGACCGGCACAAAACAGCGGCACACACCUGCCUCUGACCGGUCUAAAAGUUGUGGAGAUAGCUACCAUUAUUGCCGCCCCGUUGGGUGCUUCGUUCCUGGCGGACAUGGGUGCCACCGUUAUUAAGGUGGAACAGAUUGGCGGAGAUCCAUUCAGGGGCAUGCUGUCCGGUAUCGGCUCUGCUCGGGUCAACCCGGGCAAACAGAGCAUCAGCCUCAACAUGAAAUCAGCGGAAGGCCAGAAAAUUGUCCAUCAGCUGGUUGCUGACGCAGAUAUCGUCAUCCACAACUAUCGUCCCGGCGUACCAGAGCGCCUGGGCAUCGACUACGCCACGCUCAGCGCGAUCAACCCGGGUCUUAUUUUUCUGCAAUGUAACGGCUAUGGGCCGGAUGGACCCAGCGCGCUGCGACCCAGCACGCACCCGAUUCCAGGCGCCGCUGUGGGCGGUGUGCUGUACCAGAUGGGUGAACAUGUGCCCGACACCCUGCAGGACAUCGAUAACAUCCGUCUCUGGACAAGCCGACUGAUGCGGGCAAACGAGGUUAAUCCAGAUCCAAACACCGCGAUGGUGGUCACCAGCUCGGUGCUGCUUGGGCUUUAUGCGCGCCAGUCCACUGGCAAAGGACAACAGAUUCUUAUUGAUAUGUUUGGCGCCAAUGCGUACGCCAAUCAAGAUGACUUUCUGGACUACCCCGGCAAACCCGAGCGCCUGCAACCCGAUGCCGGACUUCACGGUCUGACACCCACUUACCGCCUGUACAACUGUGCAGAAGGACAAUGGGUAUUCCUCGCCCUGUUGAGCGAGAAGGAAAAAACAAAUUUUUCCAACACCCUGAAAAAUGCAGGCAUAGGAUCAGCAGCAGAUAUUGACUGGCACGCUGACCAUGCCAGCCUUACCCAGCAACUGAGCAGCGUGUUCCAACUCUACAACGCUGCGUACUGGCAAACCCUGCUGGUGCCAGCAGGGGUGGCCUGCGUGCCUGCAAGCGGACAUGCACCAAACACAUUCUGGUUAAAUGACGAUCAGGUCAGCGCCUGUGGCUUCAUAGCCCCUGCAAAACAUCCGCAAUGGGGUGACUACUUCCGCCACGGCGCGAGCCUGGGUAACCGCGGGCCGGUGCGUUAUGCUGCGAACCAUCAACUCCACCCCGACAUCCUGAGCGCCUACUGGGAACACGGUUUCUAUACCUUCACCGACGUCGUCGCUGAUGAGGAAAUCGACGCGCUACGGCAGGACAUCAACGUGCUAUUGGCGCGAGCACCCACAGGACAGCAUGCCAACACCGAUGCCCAGGGCAGACCCGCGUUUGGCAGUGAAUUUACCCGACCAACCUAUACCUUCGCAAAACCGUUGAGUGACCCCUGGGGAGGCACCACCCUGCUCAAUGGUCGCCACCCGACAAAAAUGAAUGAACCUCAGGCUGCGUCCAACGCGCCGGAUGAGAUCGUUUACCUGAUAUCUGGCAUGUGUCAAAGCAUGCCGGCAGGGCUCCGCCUUUACGGCCAUGCAGACCUUCUAAGCAUCGCCGCCGCGAUCAACGGCGACGACUUUGUCCCUUACAACGAUGCAAUUUUUGUCAAACAGGCCGGUUUAGGCGGCGCUGUCUCCUGGCACCAGGAUGGUGUGACACACUGGCAGGCUGAUAACUGGGACGAAGGCAUACACGGCUUUAACUUUCAGGUUCAGCUGUACGAGUGCACGCCACACAAUUGUUUGUGGGUGAUGCCAGGGACACACAAACUUGGGAAAAUCGACAUCAAAAAACUGGUUGCAGACAACGGCGGCUCAGAACAACUGCCUGGCGCGGUGCCGCUGACGUGCGCGCCCGGAGAUGUCACCGUUGUUAACCGGCAGCUGUUGCAUGGAUCGUUUGCCAACAGCUCUGACAACACGCGGAUUUCACUGACUUUCGGAUUCCACCGGCGCUCAUCGGUGCUGGGUGCAACCGGGGCACUCAGCCAGAGCAGCAGAGAAGUUUACGAUGCUCAACGCAUCCACGACCGUGCUUGCGUGAUCGGCGUGGCCAUUGAUGCCCGCGCGCAACACUACCCUGAUCAGCGCCGUUAUGACUAUCAACCACUCAAGGGUUUCGAAGACAGCCUUCGCUUCAACCCGGAAACCUACGCGCGGGUCAUCAAAGACUACAACCUGAAAGAUCUGUCUAUCUAG